AUGGAGUUCUACCCUCAAGAUGCGGCGAGUGCCGCCGACGCCGCCGCUUGCGCCGCGCUUUUCGCCGACCACACGGUGCUUCUGCCGGCCGUUUCCCAGGCGAAUCUGGGCCAAUUGACGCUGGACCUGGCCGUCAACACGCUGCUGCAGAAUGGCGAGGCCUUUGACGUGCAGCUCACGCGCGUGGGCCACUUGCUCAGCGAAGCGGCGCCCCCCAUCGCUGGAGGUGCCGCCUUCGCCACGCAGCAGCCGCAGUCACUGUGUCUGAACCUGGAGGUGUACCAGAGCAAGGAGAAGAAAAUCACCAUCGUCCAGCAGCGAGCUCCUGUGCUGCCGGGUCGAGCGCGUGCGUUCGCUAAAGAGCUGGUCCAGUGGGCUCUGAGCAGCAAGGUGGCUGCGCUAGGAGUGGUCGCUGGCUGCGACGACAUGCUGCGUCACGACCCCAACAUGAUGAGCCGCCCGAUCCGUACUAUCUACUCUGCCGACGCUGCCCAGCUAGAGGAAGCGUUCCUGACGCGCUUUGAAGGCCUGACCAACAACACCGCUGAUGCUAAGGAUGAGGUGGAGCAGCCUUCUUCGUCUGCCGACCAGUGGGCGCCGAUCCGCGGUGCUGGCCUCGCUCCUCUGCUUCAUGCGCAGUGCGACGAGCAGAAGCUGCCGUUCAUCGCGUGGGUGAUGCCGUGUUCCGAGGGCAACAAUGUCCCGGAUGCUGCGGCUAUGGCGACGCAGCUUUUCCGUUCGCUGCGAAUUGCGCCCAAGCACUCGACUGCUGAUCCAGCGACAGCUUCCAACCGCAUGCCGCCGAUGCUUCCGUUUGCGUUCCCGCCUUCGUGGAACCAGCUCUUUGGACGAGGACCCGAUGUGUCGCUGUACCUCUAA